UUGAAGAUUCUCAAACAGACGCGCGACGCGAAGAUUCGCGUGUGAGCGCGAAGAAUUAUUUGAAAAAACUUUCGAGGGUCGCGCGAAUCAUCGCGCAUCUACUUCGCCGCACUUUUCUUCGCGACGUACCUCGAGAAAUUCGCUCACUAUCAGAUAAAUCGGAAUUCGCAAGUAUUUGCCGUUUAACUUUCAUUUCGUUGAAAUCUAAAUAUGUAUUAUUUUUGCACGCAUAAGUGUGCGAUUUGGUUGAAGCUCUUAUACGUCCCUUGCGACUUGAAAUCACGUCAUUUGACAGAUUUGGGAGACGUGUAAAUUAUAAUUUGAAUGUGCUAAGUGACAUGACUUCAAGGAAAUGUAAGAAGAAAUUCCGCCAAGAUAACACACUUGGAUUCGUAGUGAGAAAGUUGAUAUUGGAAUUUUCCGGAAUAUAUAUGAGCUUCUAAAUUUUAAUUAGACCGCACGGCCAAUCUGUCGCGACCAUCGAAUAUUGCGACACGAGGUUUUUUCUACAAAGGAGGCCCGAGGUAGGAGGAAAAACCAGCACGAAGUUUGUAUUGGAUUACCGCGGUAACACGUGCGCGCGCUCUAAUCUAAAGGUGGAAAGGAUUGCGUAUACAGAUGGAUAGCCGCGCGAUUUCUUUAAGCAGUCCAUCAAAGUCUGCCGGCCAGCUAAGACGCGCGCGAAUUUUCGAAAUAAAAAAUCCGAGCGACGGGGUGAGGAUCGCGCAACAGCGGUUACGAGUCAACCAUGGGCUACAUGAAGAAUCACGUUGACGAUAAGGACGAGAGACCCGUAUUCAAGGUAUCCCUUCCGUCGGCCGACGAGCUAGAGAAUAGGGUCUCAUCUACGAUCAGAGAGCAAGACGAGGAGGCAGGCCAGAAGAGAGCGCAAUGGGGAAGCAGCUUGGAGUUCCUUAUGUCCUGCGUGGCCUUCUCCGUAGGUCUCGGGAACGUCUGGCGGUUUCCAUACACGGCAUACCAGAACGGCGGCGGCGCCUUCAUCAUUCCCUACAUAGUGGUGCUCUUCAUCAUUGGCAAACCCUUCUACUACAUGGAGAUGAUCCUCGGUCAAUUCACCAGCCGGUCCUGCGUGCAAAUUUGGUCCGUGUCGCCGGCGUUCCAAGGUAUCGGCUACGGCGUCACGGUGUCGGUCUUCUCCGUCAUCACUUAUUACUGCGCCCUCAUGGCUCUGACGCUCUUCUACAUGGUGGCCAGCUUCCAGUCGGUGCUCCCGUGGGCCUUUUGCUGGGAGGAAUGGGGCAGCGGCUGCUUUGACAGCUCGGCGGCCAGCGGAGCGGUGAGCAACGACAGCAGAAGUUCCGCGGAAUUCUACUUCAGAAAAUUCGUCCUGAACGAGACGGGAAUUGAAGAUGGGCUCGGAUUGCCCUCGUGGAAGCUGGUGCUGACGUUGUUGGCCAGCUGGCUCUUCGUCUACGUGGUGAUCUGCAAGGGCGUGAAGAGCACCGGUAAAGCGGCCUACUUCUUGGCUCUCUUCCCUUACGUUGUGAUGAUCAGUCUGCUGAUCAGAGCCGUAACGUUGGACGGAGCAGUCAAUGGUAUCGUCUUCCUCUUUAAGCCCGAGUGGCAGAAAAUCUUGGAUCCGGCGGUGUGGUACGCCGCCGUUACUCAGUCUUUCUUCUCGCUCGGUGUAUGCUUCGGGGCUGUGACAAUGUACUCCUCGUACAACAACUUCGAGCACAACGUGUCCAGGGAUUGCACGAUCGUGACGAGCCUGGAUCUCUGCACCAGUCUAAUGGCGACCACGACCAUCUUCGGGAUUCUGGGCAAUCUCGCACACGAAAUCGGCACUGAGGACAUCCAGAGUGUCGUACGUGGCGGGACGGGUUUGGCAUUCAUGUCUUACCCGGAGGCCUUGGCGAAGUUCACGGUGGUGCCGCAGCUCUUCGCCGUGCUCUUCUUCCUGAUGCUCUUCGUGCUGGGUAUCGGGACCACCGUUGCCUUCUGCAACGUCAUCAUCAGCAUUAUCAAAGAUCAGUUCCCGCAUCUGAAGCUGUGGAUUAUCGCAGCUGGUCUCUCCGUCUUCGCCUUCUCAGUUGGCAUUGUCUACUGCACGCCCGGUGGACAAUACAUCCUCAACUUGGUGGAUUACUUCGGGGGAACUUUCGUUAUUGUGUUCUUAGCUUCAUUCGAGAUGAUCGCCAUCGCCUGGGUAUACGGUAUUGACAAUUUCAUGGACGACAUCGAGUUCAUGGUAGGGCAACGGCCAUCCUUCUACUGGAGGUUUUGCUGGUGUUACUUGACUCCGCUGUCGUUGUUCACCAUUUUAAUUUAUUUCCUGAUCAGUAUGACGCCGCUUAUGUACAACGACGAGUAUUAUCCUUCGUCCGCAUACGUCGCGGGCUGGACGCUUCUGGCUUUGGGAGUUCUUCCGCUCCCGCUGGGCAUGAUUAUCGUCGGAAUUCGGAAUAGGAGCGAGGAAUACACAAACAUUUUCAAGCCGAGCGCCGACUGGGGACCGAAGGACCCCAAGAAAUACAACGAAUGGAGAGACUUCAAACAGUCCAAGAGGAUAGAGCGAGCGUGCGCGAAUAAGUCGAAAGUUAUCGCGGCGUUGUUCGGCAAAAAUUGACAAUGAAAUGAUUAAAACAGUAUUAAAAUUA